CUGCCUGCCUACCAAACUUAACCCUUUAAUGCAUAUAAAGAGAAAUUCUUUAAUAUUUGGGAAGUAAGAAGGAAACAAUUUAAUAAUACUCCUCUAACAUUAGAGUGUGUGUGUGUGUGUGAAAAGAGCAUGGCUAUGGAUGAUAUCUCAAUAUCAAAUGGUCUCAAAAGUCCCAUGUUAUCUCCAACAUUAUUGGACACAAACAAAUGGUGGAUUGUUAUUAUUAAUAAGGUAAUAGAUGUUGAAGAAGCCAAGAAUCAAAUAUUGUUCUCUUUGCCAAUGAUUGUUGUGACUAGUUGUUUCUACUUCAUCAAUCUUGUCUCUGUCAUGUUUGCUGGUCAUCUUGGAAAAUUUGAACUUGCUGCCUCAAAUCUUGCUAAUUCAUGGGCUAUGGUCACUGGUUUAUCUUUCAUGAUUGGCCUAAGUGGUGCACUUGAGACAUUAUGUGGCCAAGGUUAUGGAGCAAAAAUGUACAGAAUGUUGGGAAUGCAUCUUCAAACAUCAUGCACCAUAUCAUUCUUAUUUUCUACAUUAAUUGCUAUCAUCUGGUGGAAUUCUGAUACAAUUCUAAUUUUACUUCAUCAAGAUCCUGACAUAGCAAAAAAAGCAGGGGAGUUCUUGAGGUUCCUAAUUCCUGAAUUGUUAGCAUAUGGCUUUUUACAAAAUAUUUUGAGAUUUCUUCAAGCACAAUCAAUUAUAAUGCCUCUUGUUGUGUGUUCAAUGGGAUGUUUAGUUAUACACGUUGGCAUUACUUAUGGCUUGGUUCAUUGGACAAGUCUUGGUUUUAAUGGAGCACCAUUAGCUGCUUCGAUUUCGAUUUGGAUGUCCGUCCUCUCAUUGGGUGUAUACGUGCUUUUUUCCGAGAGGUUUAGUCAUAUCUGGAGGGAUGGUCUCUCGUUCGAGCCGUUUCAUUAUGUCAUUAUAAACUUGAAGUUGGCAUUGCCCUCUGCUGCCAUGGUGUGUUUGGAGUAUUGGGCUUUUGAGCUUCUUGUGUUAUUAGCUGGUUUGAUGCCAAACUCAGAAACAACUACUUCUCUAAUUGCAAUGAGUGUAAAUACUGAAGCCAUUGCAUACACAAUCUCUUAUGGUUUGAGUGCAGCUGCAAGCACUAGGGUGGCAAAUGAGUUAGGAGCUGGAAAUAUUGAUAAAGCUAAGCAUGCCAUGGUUGUUACUCUCAAGCUAUGUGUUCUUCUUGCUCUUAUAACUGAUUUGGCUCUAUUUUUUGGUCAUAAUGUCUGGGCUGGCCUCUUCAGUGAUAGUACAGAAAUAAUAAACAAUUUUGCCACCAUGACACCUUUGCUCUUAAUCUCCUUUGUAUUCGAUUUCUUUCAAGGAAUUUUAUCAGGGGUGGCUAGGGGAUGUGGAUGGCAGCAUUUGGCUAUGUGCAUCAACUUGGCAACAUUCUAUUUCAUUGGCAUGCCAAUAGCUGGCCUCCUUGCUUUCAAGUUCAACCUACAUGCUCAGGGUUUAUGGAUGGGCUUGAUAUGUGGUCUAGCUUGCCAAGGUUUGGGCUUAUUGCUACUAACAUUAAUGACCAAAUGGGAAAGAGUAGAGGCCUCAACAAAGAGCAAUAUAGAAAAUGAACUUCUAGCUUAACCAUUGAUCCAUGAGAAUUAUUUUUUUAUUGGGCCAUUGGUGGGCUUGUUGGACAUUAUUAGUAAAGGGCUUGGGAAAAUUUCAAAAAUAGUUUUAUUUGUGCUUAGAGUAAUUUUGGUUGGAUUUAUCAGUCAAAGCAGGAGAAUAUAUUUGUGCUUGGAGUAAGUGGACUGAUUAGUUUAUUUGCUGGGGUAAAAUAAUUCAAAGAUAUUGCUAUCAUGUGUGGUAUUGUACA